GCAGAAAUCCAGCCCUGCCUUUCUUUCCAUACGAGAGCCAGUGUGGGGCUGAUAACGCUGCGGAUGCGUUGAUGGCAGCCUUGCAGAGCGAGACCUGCACUUAACUUGCAGCUGCCUCCUGAGCCGGGUUUCAAGAUGUCCACGCCCCGGGUGACAGCCGGCGGGGCGCUGCCCUGUGCUCGGGCGCCGAUGCUGAACAGCAGCCUGCAGUGAGAGCCUGCCGCCGCUGCCGCCGGCUGCCGCCGAGGAGCAACCUAAUGUAACGGCACAGCCAGCAAGAUGAACGGCGCUUUGGAUCACUCAGACCAACCAGACCCAGAUGCCAUUAAGAUGUUUGUCGGACAGAUCCCCCGGUCCUGGUCGGAAAAGGAGCUGAAAGAACUUUUUGAGCCUUACGGAGCCGUCUACCAGAUCAACGUCCUCCGGGACCGGAGUCAGAACCCUCCCCAGAGUAAAGGUUGUUGUUUCGUAACAUUUUAUACAAGAAAAGCUGCACUUGAGGCCCAGAAUGCACUGCACAAUAUUAAAACUUUACCUGGGAUGCAUCAUCCCAUUCAGAUGAAACCUGCAGAUAGUGAAAAGUCAAACGCUGUGGAAGACAGAAAAUUGUUCAUAGGAAUGGUUUCGAAGAAAUGUAAUGAGAAUGAUAUCAGGGUGAUGUUUUCUCCAUUUGGCCAGAUAGAAGAAUGCCGGAUCCUCCGGGGACCCGACGGGCUGAGCCGAGGCUGUGCGUUUGUCACAUUUUCUACAAGGGCAAUGGCACAGAAUGCAAUCAAAACUAUGCAUCAGUCUCAGACCAUGGAGGGCUGCUCUUCGCCCAUCGUGGUGAAGUUCGCGGAUACUCAGAAGGACAAAGAGCAAAGGCGCCUCCAGCAGCAGCUCGCACAGCAGAUGCAGCAGCUCAACACUGCCACCUGGGGGAACCUGACAGGGCUGGGCGGACUCACCCCACAGUACCUGGCGCUUCUGCAGCAGGCCACCUCUUCCAGCAACCUGGGUGCAUUCAGUGGUAUUCAGCAAAUGGCUGGCAUGAAUGCGUUACAGUUACAGAAUCUGGCAACGCUGGCGGCGGCUGCAGCCGCGGCCCAGACCUCAGCCACCACCACCAACGCAAAUCCUCUUUCCACCACGAGCAGCGCCCUGGGAGCCCUCACCAGUCCCGUGGCUGCUUCAACCCCCAACUCCACUGCUGGUGCAGCCAUGAAUUCUUUGACCUCUCUUGGGACUCUGCAAGGACUGGCGGGAGCCACUGUUGGACUGAAUAAUAUUAAUGCACUAGCAGUUGCUCAAAUGCUCUCAGGUAUGGCGGCUCUGAAUGGAGGACUUGGCGCCACGGGCUUGACGAAUGGCACAGCGGGCACCAUGGACGCCCUCACCCAGGCCUACUCAGGGAUUCAGCAGUACGCGGCGGCGGCACUGCCCACUCUGUACAGCCAGAGCUUGCUGCAACAGCAGAGCGCUGCAGGCAGCCAGAAGGAAGGUCCGGAGGGUGCAAACCUCUUUAUUUACCACCUUCCACAGGAGUUUGGAGACCAGGACAUUCUGCAGAUGUUCAUGCCUUUUGGAAAUGUUAUCUCUGCUAAAGUCUUCAUUGACAAACAGACCAAUCUGAGCAAGUGCUUUGGUUUUGUUAGCUACGACAAUCCAGUGUCUGCGCAAGCUGCUAUCCAGGCUAUGAAUGGCUUUCAGAUUGGCAUGAAACGCUUGAAGGUCCAGCUGAAGCGCUCCAAAAACGACAGCAAACCUUACUGAUCCUAAUCCCAGAGGCUCCCUGCUCUUAUGUUAGCUUUCUUAGGACAUCUUCAUGCCCGUUAGGUCACCGUUUGCCUAGCAUGUCCCUGUGGCGUCUCAAAAAAAGUUUCAUCGUCCCGUCAUUGUUUCUGAUGUCUUUCUGACCUCACAUCAUAUUUGGUUCUCCUACUGACCUUUGAUCUAGUUUGACCUUUGAAAUUUGCAUGUGACCUCAUCUAGCUAUGAAUUCUGGGAAGUCAAUGUGAAAAACAUUGCUGCAUUCACGCAAGACUGAAAUUUAUUAUUAGACAAAUUAAUUAUAGAAAACAAAAAACCUGUGGCAAAAAUGUUUCUUUCUUUUUUUUUUUUUUUUUUUGUUUCUUUUCAUAAAACAGACUUGAAAGUAUUAUACGGGGAUUGGCAUUCUUCCCGGUCACUGGUAACAAUAGCAAUAUGUAUCCAGGGACACAGAAUGUUGGUUUCUAACAGACUACUUCCAAAAACAGUUUGAGAAAAAAACUGUCUGAUUUUAAGUCUCUAGAGGUCUGUAAUAGUUUUUACAUUUUUCAGGCAGUGUAAAGUUUUUUGAUAAGGCCAUUUUAGGUGGCUCACUUUCUCAUUAAGAUAUAUAUAUAGAACCACUUUUUGUAGAUUAGUAUAAGAAAAAUAUUUACCCUGUUUUGGGGCAAAUGCUACCUAUUUGUGUCACCUUUUGCUGAACUGACUCACAGUUAGACAAUCCAUGGUUUAAUGCACAUGAAAUUACCUAUAUUUUAUACUGUUUCAAUGUACAGGAGAAAGGUUACUGUAAACUGUGUUACGUUGGUGCUUCUGUGAAUUAAGUUGUGGCUUCAUCAUGAGUCUUAUGGUCUUAAUGUUCUUUGUUGAUAAGACAAGUUUAGAAUUGGUUUACUUAAAACAAAAAAGAAUUUCAAAAAAAAGUUGUUUGCUUAAAAAAAUUUCAUGUGAGGGGGAAAAAAAAAAACCUAUUCCAGAAUAAGUUUUGUGUUGGCUUGUAAAGCAUUGAUGUCAUUUUUUUUUUAUUGUGGACUAUUAUAGAUGUGUUUGUGUUCAGCAAAAUGUGAUUUUUUUUUCUUUUAAAGAAAAAAAGUGAAAAUAUAUAGUGCCAAAUUCCAAAGGUACUUCCUUCCUAGAGCUUCAGUGUGUUUCUUGUGAGAAGUAAUUUGAUAACAUGGGUAUUUUAUUAUGUGUUUUGUAUAAAUCCCUAAUAUUUAAAAAACAAAAAACAAAAAAAAGAGGUUAAAAAGUUUGUUAACUUGCUAUCCUGUGGUCUUGUUGCCUGAAAUUGUUAUUGUUUGUUAUUUCUCUAUAAUGUUUUUUGUAAGACAUUGUAUAAGUGCCCAUGUCUCACUUUUUUAACCACUCUGCACAUCAAUGCUGUGACAGCAACCUCAUAAUGUAUUUUCUUCAUAAUAUAUGGAAACCUCUAAGGUGAGAAAGUUUUGAACUUUUAACUCUUUCUACCCAGAGCUAUCUGGAAUGUUGAUAACUUUUUAUACUGUCAUCAUUUUAGUUUCUUUUGGGGUGUUUCUCAUUUGGAUUUUUUUUUUUUUUUGCAUAUAUCUUCUCUUUGAGUUUUUGUCUUUACUACUUUCUUAUCCUUUGGUUUGAGAUCCAAAAGAAAAAAACUCCACAAAGCAAAUCUGAAGGAAAAAAAUAGACUUUAACCCUCUCCAAUUUCUUUUCCCUACAUCAUUUUUUUUUUUUUUUUUUGGAUUAUUUCUGGUCAUUGUUUUAAAAAGAAUUCUUAAUGUGCUGCUGGAAUUCCUUCUUCAGUUUUAAUUAAAACAGUUUAUUGGAUAAACUUUCUGAGGGGAGUCGUAGAUAGAUUGAGCACCUAAAUAAACCUUACAGUCUAUGCUUUUGAGAUCAGGUUUAGUGGUAUGUUCUAGUUUAGAAUAUUUUCAUAUACCUUCCAGUUAAAUGACAGUCUUUUGAGGGAUUUUUGCUUUUGUUUCUUAAAUACUCCUAAAUAAUCAGCCAUUGUGCUGGGGAGUCUCGGACCCCAGUGGACACCUCUGAAUAAGCAAGGUGUCUGGAGUUAGAAGCCCUUUUUAUUUUUUUUUAACAAAAUGCAUUUAAGGGGAACUGACCAUGUAUGUAAAACUCAGUUCUUUAUCACAGUUUAGUAACCAAAUACCUAGCACAGUUCCUGCUGACACUUUUUAAAGUGCCAUAUUAUUUUGACUUUGACUUCAUGUGACCAGAUCCCAUGCUGUCUUGACAAACCCCAGUGUCAUCCCUAGAGCCCCCAACACAAACUCCUGCCUUUCUGGAAGCUUCUUUGUCUCUCACGAAGUUCAGAACUGCUGGCUCCCUUUCCUUCCUCCGUUUCCCACUCACCACCCUGUCUGGUUUGAUGUGUGUGGAUGUGAUAGCCCUGGGAUGGAAAGGACUAGCCUCUAAUGAUGCAAAAAACAACACAACAAGUUUCCUUCUUAUAGCACAUGCACUUACAAUGAAAUGAUUUGUAUUAUCCUCACACGUGUUUACUACUGCUGGGGCCUUCCUUCAUCCUCUGAGGGCUAUUUUGUACUUCCUGCAGCAAUCAGCUAAAAUCACAAAGUUAUCACACAUGUCUCUCAUUUAUUAUAUGGUGGUGUGUAGAUACCUACAUAGGAACACAAGAGAACACCAUUUGAAUUUCUGAAGACCAUUCAUUCAGAAUCUCUUCAUUUAUCAGUUACACAUAUAUCUCAAAAACCAAUUUUUUUCCCAUUUCUUCCCUGAAGUAAACUGCCCUUCUCCUGCACUUGUUUCCUUUCACCCAUCUGCAUCUCCCCCGGAGGAACCUGAGAGCAGCUGACAGGGGGCUCAGGGUGGGCACUUUGAGUUGUCUCUUAUUUUGCAGGCAACGAAGACAGUACAUUUAGGGGGAAAGUCCAUUCUUUUUUUUUUUUUUUUUUUUGCAUGUUUCAUUGUUAAAAAGAUAACCCUCCUCAGAGACAAGUUGUCCUUUUAUUCACUUUAUCUUUUAAUAUCAAAAGAAAAAAGCUGCAAGGGUGCAAAGGGCCCGUGCCAGAAGAAAAAACACACAGGGAAACUGUUUUUUUAAAAAAUCAAGCGUAGAGAAUAGUCAUUUUUAAACUAAAUUAGAGAAUUGCGAUACAAUGGCAGUCCUCAAAGGCGUAACAAGUUCAUCUUUCUGUCACCAUAGGGGUUAUAGUUCUUUGGCUUGUGCUACUAUGGAAUCAUUUUACUGUUUCUGUUUUUAUUAAGUGCUAAUUAACAAGAAAAAAUAAAAUUUUAAAAAAACCUGUAGUUUCAUUACCUUUUUGAAUAAUGUCAUACAAAAAAUGUAUUUGUGUUUUUUUUGUGCUGUGAGAAUUGUUGUUUGUAGAUUAAUGAUAUCAUUUUGUUUAGAAUUACAAAAUAGUUUUUAAAUAUUGUCUGAGAAAAGCCAAAGUUAAUGCAACCUAGUGGAAACUGUAAGACCAUUUGAGUAUUGUUUCUGUUUUAUUGAUGCAUUUGGAUUUUGUUGUUUGAUGGAAUUUGAGCCAAAAAAAAAAAAAUGCAGGCUUUCCUAUUUCUACAAUUGAUUGUACUUACGCAUUUUGUACCAGU